CGCAGUUAUUGUUUUGACUGAAAAUGCCGUCGGUUUCGAAAACGGCGGCGAGCGCUUCUCCUCAAACCGAGAAACCAACCCACUAUACAGUAAAGCUGACUGAGUUGAGUCUCUCUCUCUCCAUCCCUGAAUAUUUGAAGGAGUUCAGGACCGAGCAGUGCCCCCUGUUUUUGCAGCACAAAUGCACACAGCAUAGACCCUUUACCUGUUUUCACUGGCAUUUUCUAAACCAGCGAAGACGGAGACCGAUCAGGAGGAGAGACGGAACUUUUAAUUACAGCCCCGACGUCUACUGCACCAAGUACGACGAAACAACAGGCAUCUGUCCAGAUGGAGACGACUGCCCUUACUUGCACCGGACCACUGGUGAUACAGAGCGCAAGUACCACUUGCGCUAUUAUAAGACUGGCACCUGCAUCCAUGAAACAGAUGCCCGGGGGCAUUGUGUGAAAAAUGGCCUCCAUUGCGCCUUUGCUCAUGGGCCUCAUGACCUACGGCCUCCAGUCUAUGAUAUCAGAGAGAUACAAGCACAAGAAGCUUUGCAGAAUGGCCAGUUAGGUUCUGGAGAGGGAAUCCCGGAUCUGCAGCCGGGAGUUCUGGCCAGCCAGGCCAUGAUUGAGAAGACUCUUAUUGAAGAUCCUCGAUGGCAGGACACCAAUUUUGUUUUGGCCAACUAUAAAACAGAGCAAUGCACCAAGCCCCCUCGUCUAUGCAGACAAGGCUACGCCUGUCCUCAUUACCAUAAUAGUCGAGAUAGAAGACGGAAUCCCCGCAAGUUCAAAUACAGGUCAACUCCGUGCCCAAGUGUAAAGCAUGGUGAUGAAUGGGGAGAGCCAUCAAAGUGUGAGAGUGGCGACAGCUGUCAGUAUUGCCACUCCCGCACUGAGCAGCAGUUUCACCCCGAGAUAUACAAGUCCACAAAAUGCAAUGACAUGAAGCAGACUGGGUACUGUCCGAGGGGGCCAUUCUGUGCUUUUGCACAUGUUGAAAGAAUUCCUUCUACUGAGGAGACCAUGAGCACUCUGCUCACAGCAAUGCAGUCAGGCUCUCAGGCUAAGCUGGGCUCCCAACAAUAUCCCGAGUGUCCCAGCAGUGACUGGAGCAGCACCACAAAUUCCAUCACCAGCAGCAUGAGCAACAAUGGGCAGAUGGCAAGUGUGUCAUGCUCUAAUAGUCCAACUGUAACGUCAAGCUCAGGAAGCACCAGUUCAUUGUCCCCAAUUGGACCCAUCGGCAGGCCCAAAUCCUUUACUAAUGGUAGCUUAUGUUCAGAGUCCACCACGUCCAGUGUUUCGUCUCCAACAUCUAACUAUCCCAAAGCUCCGGGCUUUGAACGGGAGGACCAGGCAAAGAACCAGAAAGGACAGUGUGGAGAAAAUAAUCAGAAAAUAAUUGACCAAGAUAAGCAGAGCCACAGCAGCAUAUUUUCGGUGGUGAACCCACUGGCAUCCAGCAUAACAUCAAGCAUCACGUCCAGCUUAGCCUCAAGCAUUGGCUCAGACAGCUCCUCCCCCACUACAUUAUCAACUAUGAAUGCAAAAGCUACCCCUUUUUAUCCAGGAAGCAAUACGGUUGAGUCAGUAAUAGGAUCUGCACUUGACCUAAACUUCAAUGACAUAAGUGUUGCCUCCCUUGAUAAAGACCUAGAGGACCAAGACAAUAAUGGCUUUGGAAUAACAAGUCAAAGGUUAUUAGGGGGCUCGGAUCCUGUCAACAUUCCUGGCUCUCUGGCACGGUGUUCAUCUCUGCAUUCCUCCUCCUCUCUGUCCGCCUCCCCUCUCAGCUCUCUGUCCCAGUCAUUGUCCCAGUCAUUGCUCAGUGGAAUGGCUUCUCAGCAGAGUCAGACACAGGGCUUGCCAAUCAAAACCGAGCACAGCCUCUUAGGGACACCUACGUCUACUCAAAACUCUUUAGGUUUGAAUGGUGGAGCUGGAGGCAUAUGGGAUUUUAUGAGUGGCAGCCUUUCCCCAAGUCCAUCUCCAGUGUUCAGCUCAAGUAUGGUCAGCUCCAGCAGUGCAGAUCUGGCUCGACUCCUCCGUGAUCUGGACGAGGCCAAGAAGAAAAUCAAGCAGUGGGAGGAUGCCUGGCAUCAGGUCAAACAGGCAUGUGAAGCAUGGCAGAAAGACGCAAAAGAGGCGAAAGAGCAGGCGAAGGUAGCCGAGGCAGAGCGGCAACUGGCCGAGCAGAAGCGCAAGGACUCCGAGCUCAAGCUAAAAGAGCUGCAAGGAGACUUUGACACGCUCUGUCGUUCACCUAGCACACCACUGCUGCGCAGCUAUGGAGACCUGGACCAGCUCCCACUGCCAAAACUCCACUCUAUCCAGAGCCAGCUGCGCUCAGACCUCGACCUUAUCGACGGGGUAAUAUAUCAGCUUCAGUCAAAGAAAUGUAUAGCUUGCCAAAAGCAUGAUCGUUGCAUUGUACUGCAGCCUUGCCAACAUUAUGUACUUUGUGAAAACUGUGCACCUAGUAAAACAGAAUGUCCUUACUGUAAGACAAAAAUAUUGAAGUGGUGAUGUACAGCUGUUUAAGGUACUAUUUAAAGAUCUAGCCCUUUGAAGAACUACUAAUACAUAUAAAGCGUACAGUUUCUACAUAGCAUUUUUGUGUUUCAGUAUUUCAUAUAGUGAUUUAAAAUGAUAGUUAUUAGAAUCUAAUAAAUGGUGUUUGACUGAUCUAUAUAAAUCAAGUACUUAAAUGCAAUACAGGUUUUUAUACUAGAUACUUGGUCAUUUUUAUUAAGCAUUAAAAUUCCCCCUGGAAAAGAGAUUUUGGAAUUUGUAAUUCAAUAGCCCUGAUUUGACUGUUAAUUACAGAAAUAUCAGUCAGACAUCAUUACUGCUACAUGACUGUGUGAAGAGAAAUGAUUUCUUGUUUAAAAAAAGAAAAGCACUUUGACCUGGAAAUUGUUAAAGGGUAUUUUAGAAAAUUUGCUUUAAGCUGCUUUUGUAGAGUUGUUAUUAUUAUUAUUAUUUUAUUAUUAUUUUUUUAAAGAUUUUUCCCUUCCAAGAUACGCUAAUCUAUGAAGCUUUUUGUGUGUACUGUGAAACAUAUAGUAGACUAUUUCACAUUUCUUAAAUCACAAUAUAGUAUAUAGUUAGUAUAAAUAUACAAUAGUGCAAAACUGUAGUCACUACUUUUCAUUGUUACUUACAUUUUUACAAUCAAUAAGUGACAAUUUUGAAUGCUUUGUAGGCAUAACCAGCAGCUCGGAUAUCAGUAAGGCACAUACUGUACGCUAAAGCAUUUAGUACAUUCUUUUUUUUUCUGUCUUUUAGUGAUUAUUCAGUACUGUGUUAUGUAGUUGUUAAAGGAGCACGUGUUCUGAAGUCCUCAAAGAUGUGUUGGGUUUUUAGGACUUUCAGCUUUUUGGAUAUGUUUACUAGAACGUAUCUGAUACCCGGCCACUCUCUCUCAAGUGCCUUGACCAUUCAAAUACUUCAGCGUUUGUGAGGAGUUUAGGUUUGCAGAUUGUCCAUGCUUUUGCAAACGUAUGUUUCAUUAAUUUCUCAUUACUGUUUGAGCAUGUACAUACAUAUAUUGGCCCAGUUCAAGUGUUUCCUCAAGAUUGUCAUUGCUUGCGCUCGGGGCAGUAAGCUUACAUUUCUUUUGUCCCCAUUCCUUCUCUAUGAGCAAUGGUGCUUUUUGGGUGCAGCUUCAGUAUCUCUAAAAAAAAAAUGUCAAAUCAUCUUUGAUUUUCAGUAUUUAGGAAUAUAGGAAUCAGGAAAUAAACAUGUAUUUCUUUGAUUAUAAAAUUUAAAACUGGCUUUCUUUUUACGUUCUUUUGUAAUGUUUUGAAUUGUAGUGCUCUUUAGUGUUUACAGAUAAACAAAUCUAUGGUGUUUUAACUUGUAUAAAAUUUUUUUCCUUUCCAAAUUUGAGAGUUUAAUGUGCUUUUGGUUAAUCUAAUGGAAUGACCUACUACUGUGUUAAAUAGGUUUUUUUUGUUUUGUUUAUGUAUGGUCCUUUAAUAUUACAGCAAUGAAAUCGUGCAUUCAGUGGCCAGGUGCACACAAGUUUCUUUGACCUUGGGAUGAAUGGUUUACUUCUAAAGAAAUUGUGAUUUAUUUAUGACAAAUAUGGCCCAGACCCGCAUAGAUUUUAUCAAUUUUUUAAGUACAUAUAUGAUUUUUCUAUUUGUCUUUUUUUUCCCUUUCUCAUUUUCUAUUUGUAUUGAAAAAUCGUGUGUGUGGGGUGGGGUGGGGGCUCAUAAGCAGAUCAGUUGGCUUGAGAUGCCACAGAAAAAACAAUCAUUGCAUAUCUUAGUUGUAUUAACCAGCUGAAAGUCAAGAUCACAUUGCCGUAAAUGUUUGUGUUGGGAUGUUGGGCCAGGUAUUGAGCAGGCACAGCGGCCAGCAGCACGGAGAUAUUUCCUUGCAAAACGUGAAAAGUUUUGAACAAUGUGCUCAUCCAUUUCUGGAGUGAGGUUCAAGGGGGUGUGUCAUUUCUAAGUGGCUGAUACAAAUCUGUUUUUAUGGAGCACAUGUUCGUAUUGUGUCUGGUGUUCAACAUUUAAUUUAAUUCAAAAGUCAGUUGACAGUUGCAUGUCUUUUUUUUUUCUUCUUUCUUUUAUUAGAUAUUUCGGUUUAAAGAGGGAGCAUAUCCUCUCAUUAGGUUCCUGGACCACAAUAUAGAGUUUAAAAAAUGAAUAAAUGAUGCAAUUGCUGCAUCUGGAAUGUGGCAGGCUAUGUACAGAAAAAAGAAGUCUUGAAAUUAGACAUCUAUUCAACCAAACCAAAGUGGUAUUGUAGUUUCCUUUUUUUUUCUUCUUCUUUACUUAAAAUCUUCAACUUAAUAAUUUACAACUAUGACAGCCUUUCAUGUUUAAUUAGACAAACUAUGCCAACUGCUUUUGCUGACAAUAUUAAUGGAUUUAAAGUUUAUUUUGUAGGUUUACCAAAGACCUUUACUGUUUUUUUUUUGGUCCCUUUUGUAUUUCUGUGAAGAUAUUUUCAUUUUAGCAUUUAAAUUAAUUGGUUGAAAAAUCCGAUUUAACACUGACUAAAUGUUAUUUACACUGCUGUGUGCAUUUAAAACAGCUAAACAAAUCAGUGUAGAUCUAAAUGAGCUAUGUAGUUCUUUUUCAUUCAUGUAUUAGGAUUGAAUUGGCUAUUAUCUAUAGCAAAGGAAUGCCAUGGACAUGAACACAAAAUUUUGUUCAUAAUCUUGUGGCCAUAUGGAUUAGUGCUUAUUUGAAGUAUAUACAAUUUUUCUUUUUUUAUGCUAAUAGUACUUUAUAGUAAAAUUAUUAAGCCAGUUUUGAAAUAUUAGUGAUUGUGCACUACUUGUAUGCUGUCAAAGUUUAAAGUGUGUGUUUGCACUGUAGGGUGCUUUCUUUAGUUUCCAUUUGACUGGUGUUUGUUGACUUUUUUUUUUUAAUUGAAAUGAAUUGCAAUGCAUGUUUUACAACAUAGUCUUAUGAGUUCAAAUUUACUCUUGUAUCGUGUCAAAUUGUAUAUCAUAAUUUAACUAGAGGGGUAGAUGUAUAUCCAAAGUUAAAGGGGGCUAUCAACCUGUCGUCUACUCUAAUGGCUGAUGCAGACAAUAGGUUCUGUUCAUCAGAGGACUGUAGAUCUUAAAAUCUUGGCCUUGAAAUGCAUUUAAAUUGGCCUAAACUUUCUUGCAUGUGGUAUUAAUGAAUCAUCAUGCUGUGUGUUAUUAAAACAUGUAUGUGGUUAUGUAUUAUAGAAUACAAAUAGUUGAUGUCCUGCACUAAUGCUAUAUUUGUGCAAGACAACAUCUCUCCUGAACAAAUGUGUGCCUUUGUAUAAAAACCUGUUUGUAGUAUUCUUGGAUUGAUCAAGUGUCUUUUUGUCAUAUAAAAUGAGCCAAAUUGUCGUGCCUUGGGACAUUUCUCCAUGGAUUCCUUAAUGUGCAGGCGUCCUUCUGUAGUUUUACACUUUUUUUAAAAAAAAUUGUAUUAAUGACUACUUUCAUACCUUCACCUUUUGUGAAGGUGCAGCUCUAAGCUUCCUUCACAGAUAAGUGUUGCAUAAGGCUUGCACGAGCACAUAAAAGCAUGUUGUCACUUGGUACUUACGAUGUAUUGCAGAAAAUUGUAUAUUUAGAUUGAACAAUAAGUCAAAGUAUGAAUUGUCUGAAUCUGAACUGAUUAUGGUGUCAAUCACUAUACUGACUUUAUAUAUGGUUUGAUUUGUGAAUGAAACUGUAACCUUGGAGAGAGAAGAAAAAAAUAUAUAUUAUAUAUAUGCACACACCAGCCAUAACAUUAUGACCAUUGACAGGUGAAGUGAUUGAUUAUCUCAUUUGGCACUUGUCAAUGGGUGGGAUAUAUUAGGCAGCAAGAGAAUAGUCAGUUGUUUAUGUGUUAGAAGCAGGAAAAAUGGGCAAGUGUAAGGAUCUGAGCGACUUUGACAAGGGCCAAAUUGUGAUGGCUAGAUGACUGGUGCUGAGCAUCUCCAAAAUGGCACAUCUUGUGGGGUGUUCCAGGUAUGCAGUGGUUAGUACUGACCAAAAGUGGUCCAAGGAAGGACAACUAGUGAACUGGUGACAGGGUCAUGGGUGUCAAAGGCUCACUGAUUCACAUGGGACAUGAAGGCUAGCCCAUAUGGUCCAAUCCCACAGAAGGGCUACUGUAGCUCAAACUGCUGAAAAAGUUAAUCCAGGCUAAAAAAAAAAAAAAGGUGUCAGCAUGAACUUUUUUAACAGUUUGUGCUACAGAUCCUUACACUUGCCUAUUUUUUUGCUUCCAACACAUCAAGAACUGACUGUUCUCUUGCUGCCUAAUAUAUCCCGCCCCUUGACAGGUGAUAUUGUAACGAGACAAUCGAGGUUAUUGUAUGAGAGAUACACCACUCGUAUUUUUCAUAUGAACGACAUCUGGGACAUUGAAUGACCAUAUUUUUCAGGAUGUCACUCAUGAGGAAAUCGAUGAGGUUGUGUUUUUUAUAAAUUUGGGUACUUUUUUGUUUGUCUACAUAAUAAAAUCAUGAAGAUAUGAAGUUUAUCUUCUCGUGUUGAAAAUCUCAUUUUUCAUAUGAAAUGCAUCAGGUCUGAGUGAUAGUUUCCUAAAUUUUACUCCGAUGAUGACGUCCAUCCCAGUGUUUUCCCACUGACUCAACACAUCUCCAAAUGGUGAACUGGUUCCAAAUUAAAAUUCUUUUGAUUAACUUAAGUAUUUUGUUUUGUGUGGAUGUGUCCAUAUAAUAUAAAGAACAUUACACAGUGGCGCGAAGAUAUGAAGUUUAUCUUCUCGUGUUGAAAAAUAUAUCACUCAUUCGCUUUGCUCAAUCGUGAUGUAUACAUUCACCACUUGAAGAUAAACUUCAUAUCUUUACACAACCAUGUAAUAUCCUUUAUAUAUUCACUUAACCUGUCAGUGGUCAUAAUGUUUGUUUGUUUGUUUAUACACACACACGUACAUAUGUAUGGUAUUACUAAAUUCACAGCAUGAAUUUAUUCCCUAAUUUCACAGCCCUAUGUCUGUGUCAGCCAUCAAUUAGUAAUCAGUGUUCACUUGGAAAUGAAUGGCCAGGCAACUGUUAUUAAAGAAAAGCACCAAGUAGAAAGUUGUUUAGAACAGUGUAAAUUAACUGUACCAUAACACACUGCAGUGGAAUUCUCUUUUUUGUGAAUUUUUUUCUCCUUGUUUUUGUUUGUUUGUUUGUUUAUUUUCUAUUAAUGUGAUUAUUGAACCUGAAGAUUUAUGCAAUCUUGUACAUACAUAUGUCUCAACUUGGUUAAAUUUACCAGUCUAGUUAGGGAAAAGUAAUACUUUUAUUAUCAUAGACAUUGGUUAGGAAACAGACAAAAAUAAAAUCCAGGAUUGGAAUGUUCUGAUUGAUCUAAUGUCGAAACCCUGAAUAUUGAAUGUAAUUAAACAGUACUCAAAUUCAAUUUAAAAUGGGUCACUGGAAAGAAACAUGGAUAGCAGUGGAUCUAUGAUGUAGCACUAGUUGUAUGAAUUGCGAUACACACAAAAUAAAUUUUAAGUUAAACACA